AUGUUGAAAACACUCUCUAAAGAAGAAAGUAAUACACACGAUAUCUCAGGAGACGAUGCUGGUGAUGGAACCAAGAAAGAAGAUCAAUAUUUAACUGGAUUUAAAUUGUUUUCUUGUGUUUUUUCAAUUUUAUCAUGCUUGUUUCUAAUUGGUUUAGAUCAAACUAUUGUUGUGACUUUAACAACUGCUGUUGGAAAUAAAUUUAAUUCCAUUCAGAAAAUAGGAUGGUUAUCCUCUGGAUAUUUAUUAACGGUGUGCGUUUUUGCACCCUUUUGGGGAAAAUUCUCUAUCAGCUUUGGCAGAAAGUUCACUAUGAUGCUAUCAAUUUUAAUAUUUGAAAUAGGUUCAUUAAUAUGUGGUCUUUCUGUGAACAUGAAUAUGUUAAUUGCAGGAAGAGUUAUAGCUGGUAUUGGUGGAGGAGGCAUUCAGGCAUUAACUUUUAUUAUUGGAACUGAAGUGGUGCCAAUGCAUAAACGACCCAGAAUUAUGACAUUUGUUGGUAUAACAACUGCAAUAUCUUCAGUUUUAGGGCCAGUCAUUGGUGGUGCAUUUACUACACAUGUUACCUGGAGGUGGAGUUUUUACAUCAAUUUGCCAAUUGGUGGUAUAUCAUUACUUCUAUUCUUCAUAGCUUUUAAUCCUCCUCCAGUAGCUGGUUCUUUCAGGGAAAAAAUAGUCAAGCUUGAUUUUAUUGGUACUGCAAUUAUUAUAACCGGUUUAACUUUAUUGUUGUUAGCCUUGACAUUUGGAUCUUCUUAUGAAUAUAAGUGGAAUUCAGCAAUAGUAGUCAGUUUCUUUGUGGUUGGUGGAUGUUUAUGUAUUGCUUUCUUUAUAUGGACUUACAAGUUUUCCAAAUGUCCCUUAAUCCUUCCUGAAGUCUUAAACAUACCUCAGGUUAAUGCUUCUGCAUUAGUGUCCUUCUUCAUGUUUGCAUACUUCAUCUCCACCACUUUAUAUCUUUCUAUUUAUUUUCAACUUGUGAGAGGUAAAAGUGCUUUGGAUACGGGUAUAAAUUUAUUCCCACUUAUUAUUAGUUUGGUUGUAACAUCUGUAUUAUCAGGAAGACUUAUUAAGAAGACUCUUUCAGUCAAGCCUUUUGUUAUUAUAGGGGGGAUUUUCUCCCCAAUUGGUGUUGCUCUUUUAACCUUGUAUGGAAUAGAUACUUCAACUGGAAAAUCUAUAGGAUUGCAAAUUCUUCUUGGAAUAGCCAUUCGUAUUCAGUUUCAAUCUUCAGUUUUGUCAGCUCAAUUGAGUGCACCAAAUGUAGAAGGUGGCACAAUCUUAACUUUGACAUAUAUAGUUUUUAGUAGAUGCUUAGGAGGAUCAAUUGGUGCCAACUUAUCUAAUGUUGUUUACAAUACUAGUUUCGUGAACUUAUUCAGAGAGCAUCUUUCCAAGCAGUCCAAUAAAAUAAUCCUCAAUGAGUUAGGAAAUACAAGUCCUUAUGUUUUGCUCCAUGCUAGUGAUUUGCUCAAGGAAUUAUCCCCUGAUUCUCAAAUAUUUGUUAAAGGUUUAUACAACCAUGCUAUUAAAAACGUAUACUAUAUGAAUAUUAUUUUUGCGGGUAUGACCUUAAUUACCGGAAUUUUCACAACAAAUAGAAGAAUUCCAGAUCCUUCAAAAGGUGAAGAAGAAAGAAAAGCAGUGGAGAAGUUAAGAAUAGGAGCUUGAUAUUUUGAAUCCUUUUAGUUAUGGUUUAUAGAAAUUUCUUUAUCGAAUACAUCUUAAUUAGUUGCAGAUAAUUUUUUGCGCCCAAAAUAGAAUUGCC